AUGAUCUUUGCGGGCCGGUACACGCCGCGCCUGUACAUUGCCUACUCGACGUUCUACGCGCUCGGGUCGCUCAUGGCCAUGCAAGUGCCCUUUGUCGGCUUCAACGUGCUCAAGCAGGCCGAAUGCGCCGGCUCGCACGGCGUCUUCCUCCUCCUCCAAGUCUACUGCUUUGUCAACUGGCUCCGCGGCUUUAUCUCGGCCGGUGCGUUCCGCCGUCUCGUCGUUGUCGGCGCCGCGACGCUCGUGGCGGGCGUUGCGAUCGCGCUCGUCUUGCUGCAGCUCAUGGGCAAGGUGCAGUGGACGGGCCGGUCGCUCACGCUUCUCGACCCGACGUACGCGUCCAAGUACAUUCCGAUCAUCGCGUCCGUCUCGGAGCACCAGCCGACGACGUGGACGUCGUACUUCUUUGACUUGCACAUUCUGAACCUCACGGACGGCGGCAUCUUUGUCAUCCUCUACGGCACGGUCGCGUGGUACUUUGCCGGCGUCAUGGUGCGGCUCAUGCUGACGCUGGCGCCGAUCGCGUGCAUCCUCGCCGCCGUCGGCAUCUCGGCCACCUUGCGCAAGUUUAUGGGCUUUCUCCACCGGUCCUUCUCGGGCACGACGACGCCGCUCAAGAACGGCGUGCAGGAGGUCCACAGCGGCUUUGCGCUCGUCGUGGUCAUGGUGCUCACGGCCUUGCUCUUGAGCUACCAGUUCCACGCCGCGUACGUCUCGUCGAUGGCCUACUCGUCGCCGUCGAUUGUGAUUGAAGCCGGGCGCACGCAGAGCGGCGAGCGCGUCGUGUUUGACGACUACCGCGAGGCGUACUUUUGGCUGCGCCAGAACACGCCCGCCGACGCGCGCAUCCUCGCGUGGUGGGACUAUGGCUACCAGAUGUCGGGCAUGGCCAACCGGACCGUCAUCGUCGACAACAACACGUGGAACAACACGCACAUUGCGACGGUCGGCCGCGCGCUGGCGUCGACGGAGGAGGGUGCGUACCCGAUCCUGCAGUCGCUCGACGUCGACUAUGUGCUCGUCAUCUUUGGCGGGCUCACAGGCUACAGCUCGGACGACAUCAACAAGUUUCUCUGGCCCGUCCGCAUCGGGUCGGGCGUCUUCCCGAACGACAUGCCGGCCGAGCGCGACUUUUACUCGGCGUCGGGCAACUUUGACGUUGGCCCGGGCGGCUCGAAGAUUCUGCACAACUGCCUCGCGUACAAGCUGUGCUACUACCGCUUUGGCGAGAUGCGCACCGACUACCACCACCCGCCAGGGUUUGACCGCGCGCGCAACACGGAGGUCGGCGUCAAGAACAUCAAGCUCACGCACAUGGAGGAGGCGUUCACGUCCGAGCACUGGAUCGUGCGCAUCUUCAAGGUCAAGAAGCAGCCCAACGUGCAGCCGACCACCGAGGAGAUGAAGCGCAAGCUGCGCGAUGCGGCGUCCCAGACAGCUUCGAUCGACACGGAGAAGACGCGCUUUGUGGGCUGCGUCACGGGCGAGGACAUGCUCGGCGCCGACAAGAUUUACUCUGGCGGCGCCACGGGCGCCAACUACAACCUCGCGCUGCACCACGCCAAGGCGCACGGCAAGCGGUACUUUGCGCUCUCGCGCGUCGGCGGCGAGGGCCACGUGUUUGCGUUCGACAAGCUCGCGCUGGCCGAGAAGGACUUUGACGGCAACGGCGCCGGCUGCGAGCGCCCGUGCAUGGACUCGCAGGCGCACUUUUGCGGCUGCGCCGACUCUGGCUGCUCGGACGCGCUCGCGCAGCCCGGCAAGGGCCAGGAGCACAACCGCCGAUGGGCCAUCUACGAACGCGAAGAGGCGUAG